CCCACUUUCCCCCCCUCACUCCUCUAGAAGAAUACCGGUAUAUAUUUUUCAUUUUCGGAAUUUCCAUUUUCUCUCAACUCAAACGUCAUUUGCUCGUCAUCCUCCUCCUUCAAUCCAACCACAACCAUUUUUAGCUCGAAUCUUCUAAAACUACUACUUCGUUGUAAUUGGAUAUUAUUGAUUUGAUGGGUAGAGAGCGAGCUUAUGUUGAUGACGAUAUUGAUGAAAGUAAGUUCAAGACUUCGGAAGCAAUGAACCGCUACAAGAAAAUCUUCAGUGUUCAAGCUGUGACAGUUGAGCGGGAGGUCAAAUUGAGUGACUUCGAGGAUCUUGGGCUUCCCAGAAUCUUCAAAUCAAGAGGUUGGCUUUUGGCAAUGGGUCCUUCAGAGCCUGCUAAUAUCCAGAUUGUCCAAGAAUUCUACGCAAACAUUCCUCCUUUCUCCGCCGAGCAGAAAACUCCACCUGGGUUGGGCCCUUUUGGUUCUUGUUUGUGGGAUGAGACUCUGCAUUUCUCUAGCGGUCGAGAAUACCCUGACUCAUUUGAUGUGUAUUUGCGAGGUAAGGUGUUAAAUUUCUCUGUUUCUGGCAUUGCCCAGUUGCUUAAACUUACUAGGCCAAACCCAAAUGAAAAAUCACCUGGUUUUCCUGGGCUUGUUGUUGAUAAUCUUGACUUGAAGGUGGUGAAAUCUACUUUGGGUUGGAACAAGAGGGUCAGGGUUUUGCGUGAAAAUCGACUGAGUGAUUUGUACAAAGUGCUUAACAGCAUAGUGAGAUAUAAUAUCGAUCCUCCUUGUCACGUUAUCCCUUCUUUGCUUAGCCCUGAUAGAGCUCGCCUUCUUUAUGCCAUUGGGAACAAUGUACCUAUUGAUCUGGCCACCUACAUUUUUCGUGCCAUCUGUCGUGCUGCAUUCCCAACUUCCAUGCCCGACUCCCUGCCUUUUACUUCCUUGAUCACACGCUUCGCCAUGGCUUCUCACGUGCCAGUUGAGCCUACGGAUAAGCUUUAUUCUCCUUGGUCGCCUUUGGACAACGUGGAUAUUUUUGGCUAUAGCUUUACUCCAUCUUCUCCGGCAGUCAAGCAACCUCAAGCGGUGGUGAGCCACACGCCCAGUAUGGCCAUACUUACCAAUGGCGUUGCUGAGCACAGGGGUGAUGUGCACCCCGUUUCCACCCACUCGCUCAUCCCACCUUCUUCGAAACAGCCAUCUGCAGGUGGUAAAAAUUUCCGGGGGUUUUCGUUGGGAAAUCUGCGUAAUUUCCUAACAACUGGUAUCAGAGCAUUUGGUGGUGAUUCUGUCAAUUUUCUGCGAGGAAUUGUCAGAAAUGAUCCAUAG